CUUGAUCCCAUCGUUAUCGACUGGAACUGCGUUUUGCUGUGGCGCUGUGACUGAAGCGAUCCCUAAGAAGCACUAGCAAUACUCCAUUCUCGGUUAUAAAGCGUAUCAUCUACUCAUACUAUGAGCAGUACUCACCGGGUCGAGAGCACGCUCGGUACUCCGUGAAUUAUUGGAAAAGAUGCACGAGCGUGCGGCCGUCCUUGAUCAUACAACUAAAACCGUUUAUCUUUUGCUCGAAGAUGGUUCUGUCUUCUCGGGGAGACAUUUCGGCGCGGAGAAACCGGUCGAUGGUGAAAUUGUUGGUUCGAAUCGCGUCGAAUUUGGACGGCUGCUCUGGUGGUCGGUGAAAUUUGCGAAACGCCGAGCCACUGGCGGCAAUCGAAUACGCUGUCCAGCUGGAUGAAGAAACAAAACAUUCCAGGCAUAUACGAGAUCGAUACCAGAGCUCUGACAAAAAUCAUUCGCGAGAAAGGCACGAUAUUAGGCAGGAUCGUGUACGGACCGCCGAUUUCUAAUCCCGUUCCGUCGUUGAUCCCUCCGAUAGCCGAUCCGAACAAGAGAAAUCUGGUCGCGGAAGUGGUUCAGCCUAUACAAAGGACGUACAAUUCCGCUGGUUAUCCCCGCAUAUGCGUAAUAGAUUGCGGUCUAAAGUACAAUCAAUUGAGGUGCUUGAUUAGUCGAGGUGCUCGCGUGGACGUCGUGCCUUGGAAUUACGAUUUAAGCAAAGCCACUUACGAUGGCCUGUUCCUCAGCAAUGGACCCGGCGAUCCGAGCAUGUGCAAAACCACGGUGGAAAGUAUACGAUCCAUUCUGAAAUCGGAAACGCAGAAGCCGAUUUUCGGCAUCUGUUUGGGACAUCAGUUGCUCUGCAUCGCCGCUGGUUGCAUCACAUACAAGAUGAACUACGGGAACCGUGGUCACAAUCAACCGGUCACGCAUCACGGAACCGGUCGUUGUUACAUGACCUCGCAGAACCAUGGAUUCGCGGUCGAUGCGAAACAAUUACCAACUGAUUGGGAACCGCUCUUCACGAAUACCAACGACAACAGCAACGAAGGUGUCGUGCAUUCGACACUUCCUUAUUUCUCGGUUCAAUUUCACCCGGAGCACACUGCUGGCCCUCAAGAUCUUGAAUGCUUGUUCGAUGUAUUCCUAGAGGUGGUGGUCGACAUAGCAAACGGAGGGAAAUCAACCUCCGUGAAAGAAAGGCUGAACAGAAAAUUAAACUUCAACAUAGAGCAUAUAAUGGAUUUAUCUGUACGACCGAAGAAAGUGUUGAUUUUGGGAUCCGGUGGUCUCAGUAUCGGCCAGGCGGGUGAAUUCGACUAUUCUGGAUCGCAAGCGAUCAAGGCGUUGCGUGAAGAAUGCGUGCAAACGUUGCUGAUCAAUCCAAAUAUUGCGACUGUGCAAACAUCGAAAGGCAUGGCCGAUAAGGUCUACUUUCUGCCGAUUAUUCCGGAAUAUGUGGAACAGGUAAUACAAUCAGAGCGACCCGAUGGUGUUCUCUUAACAUUCGGUGGGCAGACUGCUCUCAAUUGUGGCGUCGAGCUUGAAAAGAACGGUAUAUUCAAGAAAUACAAUAUCAAAAUUCUUGGAACUCCUAUACAAUCAAUUAUAGAGACAGAAGAUAGAAAGAUCUUUGCAGAACGCAUCGCAGAGAUUAAUGAAAAAGUGGCGCCAAGUGCAGCGGCAUUAGACGCAGCCGAGACAUUGGGCUAUCCAGUAAUGGCCAGAGCAGCAUUUUCUCUAGGAGGAUUGGGCUCUGGUUUCGCGAACUCCAUGGAAGAGCUGCGAAACCUCGCGCAGCAAGCGUUCGCUCAUUCGAACCAAUUAAUUAUCGACAAAUCGUUGAAAGGCUGGAAAGAAGUGGAAUACGAAGUCGUUCGCGACGCCUACGACAAUUGUAUCGCCGUUUGCAACAUGGAGAACGUGGAUCCUCUUGGUAUUCAUACAGGAGAGUCGAUCGUCGUCGCUCCGAGUCAAACGCUGUCCAACAAAGAAUAUAACAUGCUUCGUACCACCGCUAUUAACGUAAUUAGACACUUUGGCAUUGUUGGCGAAUGCAACAUUCAAUACGCGCUCAACCCAAACACCGAGGAGUAUUAUAUAAUCGAAGUGAACGCCAGAUUAUCUCGUAGCUCCGCAUUAGCGAGUAAAGCGACCGGCUAUCCGCUGGCCUACGUCGCCGCCAAAUUGGCUCUUGGUAUUCCUUUGCCGCAUAUUCAUAAUUCCGUUACGGGGAAAACCACGGCUUGCUUCGAGCCCAGUCUCGAUUAUUGCGUGAUCGGCAGUUCAAUGAAAAGCGUGGGAGAGGUGAUGGCGAUCGGUCGGAAAUUCGAGGAAGCUUUUCAGAAAGCUUUGAGAAUGGUCGACGAGAAUAUCAACGGUUUCGAUCCUUACGUGAAAGCUCCGAACGACGAAGAAUUGGAAAAACCUACCGACAAGAGGAUGUUCGUUCUUGCAGCUUCCAUAAAGGCUGGAUAUACCAUCGAUCGAUUGUACGAUCUCACAAAAAUAGAUAGAUGGUUCCUACACAAGAUGAAAAAUAUUAUCGAUUAUUAUCUGGUAUUGGAAAACACAGAUCAUACGAAACUGUCGCACAAAGUUCUAUUACGAGCGAAGCAAAUUGGAUUUUCUGACAAGCAAAUAGCGGCCGUGGUUAAAAGCUCGGAGUUGGCUGUUAGAAUACAAAGACAGGAGAAUAAUAUACGACCGAUGGUGAAACAAAUAGACACGGUUGCUGCCGAGUGGCCGGCUACGACAAAUUAUCUUUAUUUGACGUAUAAUGGUACUACACACGACGUUGAAUUCCCUGGCGGUUACACGAUGGUUAUAGGAUCUGGAGUUUAUCGAAUCGGUAGUUCGGUAGAAUUUGACUGGUGCGCUGUCAGUUGUUUGCGGGAGUUACGAAACUUGGGAAGAAAAACGAUCAUGGUGAAUUACAAUCCGGAAACAGUUAGCACUGACUACGAUAUGAGCGAUCGAUUGUACUUCGAAGAGAUAUCGUUCGAAGUCGUAAUGGAUAUUUACGAUCACGAAUGUCCGGAAGGAAUAAUUUUAUCGAUGGGCGGUCAGCUGCCAAAUAACAUUGCUAUGAACCUUCAUAGGCAACAAGCUAGAAUUCUUGGAACUUCACCGGAAUCUGUCGAUGGGGCUGAAAAUCGUUUUAAAUUCUCUCGUAUGUUGGAUGGCAUUGGAAUUUCGCAACCUAGAUGGAAGGAGUUAACUAAUUUAAAAUCUGCUAUCGAGUUUUGCGAGGAAGUCGGUUAUCCAUGUUUAGUGCGUCCUUCUUACGUAUUGAGUGGUGCUGCAAUGAACGUGGCUCAUUCGAAUCACGAUCUCGAAUCGUAUUUAAAAAGCGCGAGUGAAGUGAACAAGGAGCAUCCAGUAGUUAUAUCGAAGUUUAUUCUCGAAGCGAAGGAGAUUGACGUCGACGCAGUUGCGUACGAUGGAAUUAUCCUUUGCAUGGCGGUAUCAGAACACGUGGAGAACGCUGGUGUUCAUUCGGGUGACGCUACUCUGGUCACACCACCACAGGAUAUCAACGCGGAAACACUGACGAAGAUCAAAAUGAUAUCCAAAGCUAUUGCUGCGUCUCUUGGUGUCACUGGUCCUUUCAAUAUGCAACUUAUCGCAAAGGAUAAUGAGCUAAAAGUCAUCGAAUGCAAUGUUCGAGUGUCGAGAUCUUUCCCGUUCGUGUCGAAAACUCUAGAUCAUAAUUUCGUGGCUAUGGCCACGCGAUUGAUCGUCGGAGAGACUGUAGAUCCAGUGGACGUACUUGCUGGAUGCGGCAAAGUCGGUGUCAAAGUACCACAAUUUUCUUUUUCGCGUCUUGCUGGAGCUGAUGUGAUGUUGGGUGUAGAGAUGGUAUCUACAGGGGAAGUAGCUUGUUUCGGAGACAAUCGGUACGAGGCUUACUUGAAAGGAAUGAUAAGCACCGGUUUUCACAUACCGCAGAAAGGCAUUCUGCUUUCAAUUGGAAGUUUUAAGCACAAAAUGGAAUUGUUACCCUCUAUUCGUAGUCUUCACAAAAUGGGAUAUAAAUUAUACGCCAGCAUGGGGACAGCAGAUUUCUAUACAGAGCACGGAGUGGAGGUGGAACCUGUGCAGUGGACCUUUGAGAAUAUCACUGUCAAUGAAGAUUCCAGCCCGAGUGAACUUCGACAUUUGGCUGACUUCCUUUCGAAGAAGCAGUUCGAUCUCGUUAUUAAUCUACCGAUGAGAAACGGCGGGGUGCGUCGUGUCUCCAACUUCAUGACACAUGGAUACAGGACGAGAAGGCUUGCUGUUGAUUACUCUGUUCCCCUAAUUACGGAUGUCAAAUGCGCGAAAUUACUCGUCGAGGCUAUGAGAAUGCUCGGCAGACGUGCACCUCGCAUGAAAACUCACACGGACUGUAUGUCAUCGCGAACGAUGAUCAAGCUUCCUGGUUUGAUCGAUAUUCACGUACACACGCGUGAUCCUGGCAGCAUCUACAAAGAAGAUUUCGCCUCUUGUACCGCUGCUGCUCUUGCUGGCGGUAUCACGAUUACUUUCGCGAUGCCCAACACAAAUCCUGCAGUCGUCGAUCAUCAAUCUUUCGCCUUGGCCAAAGAACGUGCUGUUUUGAAUGCCAGAUGCGAUUAUGCAAUUUACGUUGGUGCCUCGUCGGAUAAUUAUAACAUAACGCCCGAGUUAGCUCCAUUGGCAGCAGGUCUCAAAAUGUAUCUGAACGAGACAUUUACAACGCUUCGAUUAACCGAUCUGACCGUGUGGAUUAAACAUUUUCAAAGCUGGCCAAAGAAAUAUCCUCUUUGCGUUCACGCCGAGAGUCAAACGACAGCUGCGGUUCUUCUAUUGGCUGGCUUGCACAACAGGCCGAUACAUGUGUGUCACGUAGCUAGAAAAGAGGAGAUCCAAAUAAUACGCGCGGCCAAGGAAAAAGGGAUGGCAGUCACUUGUGAAGUGUGUCCUCAUCAUCUGUUUCUAUGUGUGGACGAUCUUGAACGCAUAGGGCCCGGUCGAGGUCAAGUAAGACCAAUAUUAGGAACCAAAGAAGAUCAACAAGCUCUUUGGGACAAUUUAGAUGUAAUCGAUUGUUUCGCAACAGAUCAUGCACCGCACACCGUGCAGGAAAAAUCAAGCGAGAAACCACCACCUGGAUUCCCCGGACUCGAGACAAUGCUUCCGCUCCUCUUGACCGCGGUUCAUGAAGGAAAAUUAACGAUCGAGGAUAUAAUAGACAAGCUCUACAGAAACCCAAAGAGGAUCUUCAAUGUGCCAGAUCAGCCAAAUACCUACGUUGAGGUUGACCUCGACGACGAAUGGGUUAUCCCUGAAGCGAUGCCGUUCAGCAAAUCGAAAUGGACCCCUUUCGCAGGAAUGAAAGUUCGCGGAUCGGUUCAUCGCGUAGUUCUUAGAGGAGAAGUGGCCUACGUCGAGGGACAAGUUCUGGUGAACCCUGGUUUUGGACAAGAUAUCAGAGAGGUGCAAGCAAAGAUGAAACCUCAAACAAUUCCGAAUGCCUUGAUGGUGGAUGUAGGAUGUCAGAGUCGACCAGGUUCGGCGUUAGAUGGCCUUUUGUCACCGAAUUAUGAGAAGUACAAUUACAACGAACGGGUAACGGACAUGUUGGAGGAGGAGCAGAAUAGUAUGGAAAUUUGUUUCGAUGAAAAUAAUAUUCGUCACUCAGAAGAUAGCAUUUGGAAAAAAGACAUGUAUGCGCAAAAUUGCAUAUCGAAUAAAACGAACGUUCACUUCGCUCUAGACAUAGAUUCCCGCGAGCACGUGAAACUUCUGACAACAACUCAACAACGCACCAUCUCUCCACUUCCUAUUAGCAAUGCAACGAAAUACAAGAGCGACAGUAAUCCAAAUCUUCAACUGGCUGCUGUGCCAUCGGUCGGUUCGAUUCACACUAGCCACAAUAUAAUCGGUCACGAUAUUCUGACAGUGGACAUUUUCAACAAAGAACUACUGAAAGACAUCUUCAAUCUUGCGGAAUCUCUUCGCAACGCUGUUAGGAAGGAACGGCCACUGGAUUAUAUCCUGCGGGGAAAAGUGAUGGCAUCAAUUUUCUACGAGGUUAGUACGAGAACCUCUUGCAGCUUUGCGUCUGCGAUGGAACGACUCGGAGGUCGAGUGAUAUACAUGGAUGGUACAACGUCGUCUGUGAAGAAGGGAGAAAGCUUGGAAGGUUUGCAGUCUUACAUGAUCAGAAAUGAAAUUUUGACUUUACGUUGUAACAUAAGUUUGACACAGAAUUUUGUUACAGAUUCGGUAACAGUAAUGGCUGGUUAUGCGGAUGUGGUUGUUCUUCGACAUCCUGAACCUGGCGCUGUUGCGAGAGUUGCACAACAGUGCAGAAAACCUUUUGUGAACGCCGGCGACGGUAUAGGAGAACAUCCAACUCAGGCCUUGCUCGAUAUUUUCACCAUAAGAGACGAGAUCGGUACGGUAAACGGGUUAACGAUCACUAUGGUCGGCGAUUUGAAACAUGGUCGAACAGUGCAUUCGCUCUCAAGAUUAUUGACAUUGUACAAUGUCGAACUUCGUUACGUGUGCCCUCCUGGCCUUAAUAUGCCUGAACAUGUGGUGAAGUACGUGUGCGAACGCGGAAUAUCUCAGGAACAAUUCAGCACCCUGGAGGACGCUCUCCCUGAUACGGACGUUCUUUACAUGACACGUAUUCAGAGAGAACGUUUCGCUACACAAGAGGAGUAUAAUAAGGUUUGUGGACAUUUCGUAAUAACACCGCAGUUGAUGUCACGCGCUAAGAGGAAGAUGGUCGUGAUGCAUCCCUUACCACGAGUGAACGAGAUCAGUACAGAAUUCGAUAUGGAUCCACGUGCAGCUUACUUCCGGCAAGCUGAGAAUGGCGUCUACGUUCGAAUGGCUCUGUUAGCAAUGGUUCUUGGUCGUGCAUGACACAUUCUAGCAUGAAAACCAUGUUGAUUUACUCGGUCAAGAUCAACUGGAUUUUCAGAACCAAGUAAUGACCAGAACAAGUAAUGACGUGUGAAAAAGAAAACGAGACGUUCCCGAUCGCAUUUUCAAUUAGACUGUGAUUCGCAUAAUACUGUUCUUCUUUUCUUUUCUUUUUUCU